UUCCAUCUAGAGGAUGAAAUUCAAAAUCCAGAGACCCCUAAGGAGAUCCAGUCUUCUUCAUUCCAGCAAGAAGCCCCAGAACAAUCCUCUGAGGAGGUAGAACCUUCUUCAACCCAGCAGGAGUUCCCAGCUCAGCCUCCACAGCCUCCUGAGCAGGUUGAACUUUCUUCAGCAGAGCAGGAGGCCCCAGCUCAAGUCACAGUUAAACCUGUGGAUCUGGAGCUUACAGUAACUCCAGAGCUAGGUAACAACACUGAACCUACUCCAAGUCGGCAGCAGGCCCCAUCUCAACCUCCAGAGCACCCUGAGGAGGGAGAACCUUCCUCAACCCAACAAGAGGCCAAAGCUCCUGAGGAGGUUGAACCUCCCUCAACCCAACAAGAAGGCCCAGUUCAAACACCAGAGCUCCCUGAGGAGAUUGAACCUUCUGCCACCCAGGAGGAAACCCCAGCUGAUUCUCCAGGCUUUCCUGUGGAGGCUGAGCCUUCCCCCAGUGAGCAGGAGCAGCCAGCUAAGCAUUCUGAGUUUCCUGGAGAGAAUCAACCUUCUGAAACCCAGCAGGAGGCCACAGCUGAACCUCCAGAGUCCCCUGUGGAGAGUAUAGCUCAAACUCCACCGAAUCAUGAGGAAACAGUUCAACCUCCUGGUGAGGAACCCUCAUCAUUUUAA